AUGUCUAGCGAUGAGGAUGAGAUGCGGCAGCUGCGGGCCACCAGCAGCUACGCUGCUGCUGCGAGAGACCGGCAGCAGCAGCAGCAGCAGCAGCAGCAGCAGCAGCAUCGACGUGAUGCUGUUGCUGCAGCAGCAGCAGCAGCAGCAGCAAGAAAAGCAGCAGCAGCAGCAGAUGAAAACAGCAGCAGCAGCAGCGAAGACGAUGGCUUCGGACCUAGGCCCUUGAGUAUAGCUUCCCGCCGCAGGCGCCGCAGCAGCAGCCCGGAGCAGCAGCAGCAGCAGCAGCAGCAGCAGCAGCAAGCAGCAGCAGCAGCAGCAGAGUCUGAAGACAGUGAUGAUGAUGAUGUUGCUGUCGAUGAGGAUGCUUCUGCUGCUCUUGCUGCAAUGGGCCUCCCCUCUAGCUUCGGGGGGCAGCUGCUGCAGCAGCAGCAGCAGCGAAGGAAAAACAGCAGCAGCAGCAGCAGCAGCAGCAGCAGCAGCACGAGAAACAGCAGCUACAAUAAGGCCCGUUUCCUCAGCAGCACUGCUGCUGACGCAGCAGUUAAAAAGGAGUCUCCUGCUGCUGCUGCUGCUGCUGCCGACUCCAGCAGCAGCAGCAGCAGCAGAAGCAGCAGCAGCAGCAGCAGCAGCAGCAGCAGCAGGCUGCGCAGCAACGGGCUGUGGACGGAGCUCGACCCGUGGCUGUCUCCUUCUCUCCUCGCUGGGUGGCGGGAUGAAUCAGCAGCAGCAGCAGCAGCAGCAGCAGCAGAUGCAGCAGCAGCAGCAGCAGCAGCAGCAGCAGCAGCACAUGAGCUGCCGCUGUUUGGUGGUUUCUCUUUACGUGGAGAUACACCUGAUUUUAUCUCUUCUUUUGACUUCUCCUCUAAAGCAAAUAUCAUGUACAGGCUGCUGCAGCAGCUGCAGCAGCAGCAGCAGCAGCAGCAGCGGCAGCAGCGGCAGCAGCAGCAGGAGAGAAGAGGAAAGUUUAUGGGUAUGUCUGAGAGAAUAAAAGAUGAGGGGACCAUUGGUAGAAAGGUGCAGCAGCAGAGAGUGGUUUAUCUCGUUUGUGUACAUCUGCUGCAGCAGCAGCAGCAGCAGCAGCAGCAGCAGCAGCAGCAAGAGGAGACUGGUCUGGUUUGUCUAGGAAGGAGAGAGAAAGACUAG